CAGGGACAUAAUCAAACUGACAAGCUCUCCCUCCCUCUCGCACCCACACACGCGGAGAUGGAGAUGGACUGGGGGAUAGCAUGAGCGGCGAGCAAGAGUCGCCGAACAGAGAGGGCGCGCGCAAAAGAGUGGAUUAUACAGCCAACGGGAAAGAAGGACCGCAAAAGGACGAUAGAAUAGGGGAGUGGGAUCAUUGUAAAAUAAAAUAUAACAAAGAAGAAAGAGACAAAUUAAAAGGAAAUGGUGUGACAACACAGAAAGACGUUUUGGACCUCGCUAAGAGGAACGGAGAGAAGACUAGAAAUCGAAACAGCGAGACUUCCGCCAAAGCUGCCGGAUUCACAACUGGUCGCGCGCUAUGGAUACCUACUAUUUCGGCAGUUUUUGAGAAAGAAUAGUUAAUGUAAAAAAAAAUAAUUUUUUUUUUUAAAGCGAGUUGGCUUUAUUCGUUCCCGUAAUCAGGGGAACCAGCGUUUUACACUAAAAGAGGUGUUUCUCAGGAGCAGCAGUCCCAGCUCCCUGCUCCCCAGGUCACCAUGCCGGUCUCCAAUCUUUCAGGGUAGUUCCGCAUCCAGAGUCUAUCCCAGACCCUGACCGUUUCUCCUCGUCCAAUCACACGGCUAGCACCGCCAGUCACCCUCCUCAGACUGACAGCCCUAUGAUCACUGGUGCCAUGGGAACGGUGCGAGUCAACAGGUAUAGCAUUGUAGGAGAGGACGAGGGGCUCAAAAUCUCCACCCUGGGCCUGCACAACGGUCACAGCACCCUUUCCCAGCACCAGUACUCCCUAGGCGUGGCAGGGGGAGGAGCCAGCGGAGGAGCAGGGAGCGCAGGAGGAGGAGGAGGCCUGCUAGGAGUGCCGGGGGCGGAGAACGCUUACGGCGGGAGGAAGAUCUCCACCACGGGGCCGGGGCGGCUGAGGAGCCGCUUCGUGAAGAAGAACGGGCAGUGCAACGUGGUCUUUGCCAACAUGGAGGACAAGCCGCGCCGCUACCUGGCCGACAUCUUCACCACCUGCGUGGACAUCCGCUGGCGCUACAUGCUGCUCAUCUUCACCACCGCCUUCCUCUUCUCCUGGCUACUCUUUGGCCUGGUCUUCUGGUGGGUGGCCAUGGCCCACGGCGACUUCGACGUCCCCCCGGGGCUGGACUUGUCUUUGGGCGGGAACGGUGCACAGGGGGUGGGAGGCGGCCCGGGACCGAGGGAGCGGGACAAGGAGUGGAAACCCUGCAUUCUCCACGUGCACAGUUUCGUGGGAGCCUUUCUGUUCUCCAUCGAAACCCAGACCACCAUCGGGUACGGCUGGCGGUGCGUCACCGAGGAGUGCCCGGCGGCCGUGCUGACGGUGGUGGUGCAGUCCAUCGUGGGCUGCAUCAUCGACUCCUUCAUGAUCGGCACCAUCAUGGCCAAGAUGGUGCGGCCCAAGAAGAGGGCCCAGACCCUGCUCUUCUCCCACAACGCCGUCAUCGCCCUGCGCGACGGCAAGCUGUGCCUGAUGUGGCGCUUGGGCAACCUGCGGAAGAGCCACAUCGUGGAGGCCCACGUCCGCGCCCAGCUCAUCCGCCCCUACGUCACGGCCGAGGGGGAGUACAUCCCCCUCGAGCAGGCCGACAUCAACGUGGGCUACGACGAGGGCCUGGACCGCCUCUUCCUCGUGUCCCCCCUGAUCAUCGUCCACGAGAUCGACCAGCAGAGCCCCCUGUACCACAUGAGCAAGGCCAACCUGGAGGCGGAGGACUUUGAGAUCGUGGUGAUCCUGGAAGGGAUGGUGGAGGCCACGGCCAUGACCACCCAGGCCCGCAGCUCUUACCUGGCCCGGGAGAUCAUCUGGGGCCACCGCUUCGAGCCCGUGGUCUUCGAGAAGCACGACCGCUACCACGUGGACUACUCCCGCUUCCACAAGACCUACAAGGUGCCCUCGACGCCGCACUGUAGCGCCCGGGCGCUGAGCGAGAUGACCGGCCGCUCCUCGUCCUCCUCCUCCCGCUCUGUGUCCCCCGUCAGCCCCACGGCCGCCCGCCACCUCAGGCCCCCGCACUCGCCCAGCGCCUUCUGCUACGAGAACGAGGUGGCCCUGCGCUGCGGGGAGGAGGAAGAGGAGGAGGCCCAGGCGGCCAGGGAGCGGGACAGCGGCGAGGGGGAGGAGAGGACUGUCAUGGCGGAUUUUCAGGAGAGGUUCCCGGAGCAGUCGGGCGACAUGCUGUGCGCCCUGGACAUGGAGAACCAAAUAGAGUUUGACAUGCUGCAGGCUACGAUUCCCCUCGACCCACUCAGCUAUAGGAGGGAGUCUGAAAUCUGACCGAGAGAGAGAGAGACACUGACGCCCCGUCCCAUUUCCUGAUAAGAUCCCGUCUAGAUAUUUACACAGGGACAGGUGUUCCACUCCCUUUGGAUGUCCACAAGCUAACCAAGAUCGUAUUGACACUUUGUUUCUAUCAUUCCAUCCUUUCUUUCUUUUCCCUCUCUCUGUCUACUUCUCCAGUGCCCAUUCCCUCUGUCCUCUCCCCACUUCCCUGGUGAGGUGAAGACCCGGUAGCACCUCCACCUCCUCACUGACUGCCCCGUUUUCCCAUCUCAGUCCACGUUGCUGAGCUGAGCAGCUUCUCUCUUCUUAUUGGCCAGUCAGGCGUCCCCGAGGAGGUGUGUCAGACUAGUGGUUGUUCCUGUUACGUGUAAAUGUCCAAUCAAGACCAGCAUAACAUAACCACCGUUUCCCUACCACUAAAGGGUACCUAGUGCUCACCAUUUACCUAAAAACUAGAUAGAGUCCAGCACCGUAACAGGCCCGGUCUUGAAAACCCCCAGUGUUUCUGCCGCUACUAAAUGACCUGCUGAGCUAUUCCACACAGCGACUACACUCUGUGUGAAGAAAUACUUACUGAUGUUAUUUUCAUUUUGCCCCCCUCAUUCAACCGACAGAACUCAACCUGAUGAAUCUCUCGUAGUUCACUUGAAUUUAAAAGCCUCGGUCAAACCAUCCCUAAGUGAAUGUCAUCUAUUAGUCUCUCGCUGUCACUAUGAAGGUCAGUGCAGAGAAGGCCAUAGUGUGGCUCUCAGUGUAAGACAACGUUAGCUGUGAAGAAUGUGAGCAAACCUGAGGUGUCCAGUUCCGGUGGUGGACGGCCGCAGUGUCCUGGGGUGAACAGACAGUUAGGGCAGUUCACGGGGGUGCACACAGCACCGUUCCAAGUCCAUGCAGAGGAGUGACGAGCGCUCAUUUCCAUCCGGUAGCUUUGUGGAGUUCCUGGAUAAUUGAUAAUUAAAUCGGGAGACUGGGCUGAGACGGACAUCUUGCACUGGAGACGAAUAUCAGUGGGUGGACAACAGAAGGGCACUGUUAUUUGCAUUGCAGGCUAAACAGUGGGAGGAUGCAUACAGGCACACGACGCUGGAUGUACUUGUUCUAUCUUUAGUUGAUUUGCAAAAGUGCGUGUUCGUGUGUGUGUGUGUGUGUGUGUCUGUGUGUUGGGGGGGAAAUGAUUUGUUCAUUUACAAAAAUAAUAACUCUUCGUGAGUUUUUUUUUUUUUCAGCCAGUUUACCCGGGCUUUCGCAUACGGCAAUUCCAAAGCAUGAAUCCUGUAAGGGUCAUGUGAUCUGUUGACUUUUUUUUUUUUUUUUUUUGCUAAAAUCAUUUUGAACUAUGUUCCGUUGCAAGAUAGUUGAUUACUUUUUCAGUCCUUUCGCCAGUGCUAUUUACUAAUUUGUACUUAUCUGCUUUCUUUUUCAUUAAUUUUUUUAUUGGCUUUGUUUUUCCGUGCACUCCUUGAACACCAUCUAAAUUUCUGUUUUCGUCUGGGAUGAUGUAAAAUGUCCCAGUUUGGGAGAAGGCACCUCCUCCACCAAUCUCCAACCCAAGCAUAAGAAAUAAAUACGACUUCUUAUUAAAUUGUUAUCGUUUACAGAUGGACUAUUUCUAAUUUCUGCUAUUGCUGCAUGCUCUACAUUCUCUAUAGAUAUACUGUAUGUAUAAAAAUGAAUGCUCUUCUGUUUCCUUGUUUAUACACUGGGUGUACAGCAUUUGAGUAAAACUGAAUUGACAAUGAAAACACUGAUACCUCCCUAGCUUUUACAACCUCUGCACAAAGUGUUUAAACAGUAGUUUGGUAUGCAAGUAGUUUAGCUGGCUUGUAGAACAGAUUUAUGGGGAUAUUCAACAGAAUUGCAGUGUAGUACAGUAUAUUUAUUCAGUCAUGUUAAACUAGAUUAAGUUAGUAUCCUUGUCUUAAGUUAACACUGAACUGUUUGUUUGAGGUUGCUGAGGCCUAGGUUGUUUACAUUGCAUGAUUUAGGUAGGAAAUAUCUUACUUUGGUCUUUUAAUUUUAUUCUGGACACCAUGCACUUUUGAUAAUUUUUACAUUAGCCCUGUUUGCCAGAUUUUUUUUCUUCCCCUCAGGCUUUUUUCAGGUUACUGUUGCUUUUCUGAACAAAUUACUGAAUUCCUUUCUGAUUUUAUGAAUAAUUUCUCAUCAUUUUAUAUUCCUCAUAAUUUUCUUUUUACCGGCUCCUCAUUCCAAUUUUUUUUGCUUUUUUCUGUUCUUUUUCAUGAAUAUCUACCUAAAUCUUAAAUGGCUCAAGUGGGAUUAUGCAUGUGUAUGUGUACUGUGUGCAUGCGUGCGUGUAUGUGUCCAUUUAGAGUAAAUUAUUUAUAUCAAAUACAUGAUAUAACCCCCCGUUUAAAAAAAGAAACAGUAUUAGUUGCAAUACAGUAUUUGCACAAAUCCUGCACAAAGAUGAAUAUUUUAUAUUUUUAUACAAUUCUUACAUUCAUUUUAUAUUAAUGAAAGUUCUCAAAAUAACACAUUUAAAAACAGCGAUUACCAUUAUCUUCCAAAAAAAAUGAAAUAGCCUUCAUUAGAAAGUCUCAAUAGAAAUAUUGUUUCCCAGAAGCCAAUUUCUUACAUAAAAUGUUUGCUUUU